UUGACUCUCGGGAGAGUCGCCAUAAAGCGCGGACUUAUUCCGCGCGAAACGGCGCUGCUCACCACGCCGUCUCUUCUGCUUCUCUCCUCUCGGCUUUUCACGUUUCCCCCUGAAAAUGCCUAAACGGUCGUGUCCGUUCACCGAGUCGUUCUCGUCGCAGUAUAAGAUCCAUGUUGGACAAAAGGAGCUGAACCUGCACGGUGUUUUCGGCAACAAGUACAGGCAGGAAGUCUAUGAAAAGACCAAGAGCCUGCUCUUUAAUGGGACCAAAGCAGUAAUGGAGCGAAUCUGGAAGGUGGAUGGAGAGGGAAAGUGCUCUGAUGUGGAUAUGAGCAGUCAGGGUCACGUUCUACAGCCCACUAAUGGCCAGAUGCUCCUCAAAGGACAGACACUCAUUGGCCUGGAUGGCAAACUAAAGAAAACAAAGCCUGUUCCAGAUGCUGUGAACGCUCCUGCGGUGUGUGGAGUGUGUCAGAGGGCGUCGGGAGUUAGGAGACCGUGCUCACAGUGUGAACGCCCUGUGUGUCUAGCCUGCACCCAGCAGUGCAGCAGCUGCUCCAGCCACUGCUGCUCCAUAUGCACUGUUACUGAUUACACAGACCGCUAUGAAAAGACCCUCUGCUGUAGUUGCUCUUCAUAAGUUGGAUACAAGAAGGAUCGAAGAGAUGCGUGAAUGUGGAUGGGUGGAAGCGAUUGGGGCUUACACUUGAUCUUUUAAUUCAUUCCACACUGUGUAAAUGGAUGAGUUUUUUUAAAAUAAAUAGAUAUGUAUUUUAUGCUUUGUAUAACCAGUUGUUCAUGUGUACAUAUGUAAUUUUUUUUUUCACCAAAAUAAAUACGUGACCUUUGAUAA